UUCGCCGCCAUUGCCCCGGGCCCGGCGCCGCCGCCAUGGGCGCUCACCUGGGCCGGCGCUACCUGUGGGACGCCGAGGCCGAGCCCGACCCGCUGCACAUGCCGUCCUUCCCCGCCGAGCUGGGCAUGCCGCUCCGCAAGCCGCGCGCCAUGGUGGCCUCGGCGGAGCAGCUGGCCCAGGGCCGCGUGUCCCUGGAGCAGAGGGAUUUCUGCGGGCACCACCUGCUGCGGCUGCUGCGCUGCCACCGCGACAACUUCCCCGUGCCCUGGGGCUGCCACGCGCUGCGCCACGCCUGGGACAGCUGCCAGCACGAGGACUACGUGAUGCGCAUGAAGGAGUUCGAGCGCGAGCGGCGCCUGCGGCUGCGGCAGCAACGGCUGCAACGGCGCCGCGGGGACAGCGAGUGACAGCGAGUGACACCGGGGGACAGCGAGUGACAACGGGGGACAGCGGGGACAGCGAGUGACACUGUGGGGACAAUGAGUAACGACAAGUGACACCGAGUGCCACCUGGGACACUGAGUGCCACCAAGUGACACCUGGCUCAUCGAGUGACACCUGAAUGACACUGAGUGACACCCAGGACACCGAGUGACACCACGGUGACACCUGGGACACUGAGUGACACUGUGGUGACACCUGAGUGAUACCCAGGACACCGUGGUGACACCGAGUGACACCUGGGACACCAAUGACACCGAGUGACACCUGGGACACCAAGUGACACCUGAGUGACACUGGCAACACCAAGUGACAUCUGGGAUACCGAGUGACACCUGAGUGACACCCGGGGACACCAAGUGACACCCAAGUGACACUGGAGACACCGAGUGACACCCGGGGGACUGAGUGACACCCGAUGA